AGUUUGCACUCAAUUCUAACAGAGACCCUCCAUCAAAAGUGACUAUGCUAGCCAAGCACGUAUUGGGACAUGAAGUGAUGGCCUGGAUGCCUUUUUUCGUUAUGUACCGUUACCGUAGGAGAACUUCUGUUCUCUUACGAUCAUGGGCACUGCCACUCAUUUUACUUUGCCCCAUAAUUCACCUGUUCGAUUGUACGUUCUGACCUGUACUUUAUUAACGUCGUAGUUUAACGAGAAUAGGAACCGGACAAGUUUCUCCCGUGGUAACGCGGUGCGUUCAGUUCUCAUCGUUCGCUCUGCGUGGUCAGUUCGAAUCAGUUCGCAUCGCAUCGAUGCAAACGAAUUCCGCUGGAAAAGAAACGGAACGAACGUAACGAAAAAAAGGAGGAACGGCCGACAAUCGCGUAAUACCGUUCGUUCGUAUUCACCGGAAGUGAUUAAAGCAUCGGAAGUGCAAGAUGAGACUCGCGUUUGCCUUGGCCGUAGUCGCUGUUACCUGCAUCGGCAUUGAAUGCGUCGAGAGCAGAGCAAAGAAAACAACACAAUUAUCUUUACAAAGUAAAGAGACGAACGUCGUGAACUUUAUGAGAAUACUGGUGAUGAGGCUCGUAUUUGGAGUCGCAUCGUCAAUGGGACUUGGUGAAAACCUCUCCGAGGUACUUGGAGGAAUUUUUGUACCACCCGGAGUAGACGAUUACUCUGAUUACGGCGAUGACGAAAUAAUACCAGGCUUGUUUUAAUCAAAUUACGUGGUAUUUGU